AUGUUUGCCAGGUUCCGCACGGCAGGUCGCUCCAAGAGCCAGGCGUCCGAGGGCGACGCGCCGGACAGCCGGCCCCGCGACUACGACAAGCAGUGGGCCAGCAAGUACCUGCUCGACCCGCUGACUGCGCCCGAGCCCAGCCAGGAGACGGGCCCGGGCACGUCGCACGUCAACCCCUACAGAGCCGCUGCCGGCAGCAGGCCAGGGGCGUCGCACCUCCGCCACGACGACCUGGAGCCAGGCCCGGGGCGCAUGCGUCGAGGCUCGUCGCCCAGCGCGCUGCCGACCACCUCUGCGUGCCUGCUGCAGCAGCACCUGCACCUGCAUCGCUAUCCCACCCCCCCGGCGCCUGCUGCGAGCCCCGCCGACGCCGACCUCGCCCUGGACUGGUCCGCGCCCUUGCACCGCCGCCCGCUGCCGUCCACCGAUGAUGAUCCGCUGCAUCAUCAUCAUCAUCAUCAUCUUCACCAGCAUCUUCACCAGCAACUGCACCAGCACCAGCACCAGCUACUGCACCAGCACCAGCAACUGCAACAGCAACUGCAACUGCGUCAGCAACUGCAACUGCACCAGCACCAGCCCCAUCGCCAUCACCACCCGCAGAGGCGCACGCAAUCUCCCGCCGGCAGCGCCUCCCUCACGCCUCCCGCCUCCCCGCCGCCGGCGUACGCGCAGCACUUCCGCUCCAGCUCCUGCUCCUGCUCCUGCUCCUGCUCCCGCACCGGCCACAGCUGCAGCUACAGGAACCGGAGCCAGAGCCAGAGCCAGAGCCAGAGCCCGUCCUCGUUCUGGUCGCUCGAAACCCCGGACGCGGACUACUGCGCCCCGUCCUCGUAUCCGCUGCCGCUACGUCAUCGCCUCGGCUCCCGCCCCGCCGCCAUCGCGACUCCUCCUCCUCCUCCCCCUUUUGCCCUCCCCUCCGUCGACACCGGCGCCAUCCUCCGCAGACGCAGCUCCAUCCGCGAGCGCUACCCGGGCGACAUGUCCCACCGCCCUCUCGACAUGAUCAGAAACGACGCCAUGGCGGCCGACCGGCCCUUCCGCCACCGCAAGCGCAUCUCCGAGACCGACACCAUCGACGCGCUCGACACCAUCGGCGGCGCCUACCACCACGGCGGGCCCUACGACGCCACCCUCCUCAGCCGCAACCUCGACAAGAAGUCGUCCCCCGUCGCCGCCGUCGAGCAGUCCAACCUCGAGGCCAUCCGCGCCACGCCCCGCGAAAACAUCAUCGACUCGCUGACCAGGCACGUGCCCCUCCAGGGCACCGCCUCCAUCCCCGCCGGCUUGCCCGACAUGAGCGGCCGCCUGAUGCAGUACGACGAGGGCGCCGACCUGAUGAGGGAGCCCGACGCCCCCGGCGGCGCCUACAAGCGCUGGGACUCUGGCCUCCAAUACCAUCCCGACGAUCUCAAAGGCAAGGGCGAGCCCUCCUUCACCAUCGAGCAGGAGCUCGGCAAGGACAAGCAGCAGCGUCGCCGCCACCGCUCGAGCGACCCGUCCGGCUUCGAGAUGCAGUCCAUGAGCCAGGACGCCGAGGCCAGCAACGCCGCCGCCGGCAUCCAACGCAGCCACACGACCGGCAAGAAGCUCAGCGGAGGCCUCAGGAGACGCUUUGGCAGCUCGCGCCGGAAGAAGGACCAUCCCGAGGACCAUGACCAAUAG